AUGCGAGGCCAGAUCAUCAACGGCGCACCAUUCCGCACCAUCACGGUGAAGCAGCUACACCCUACCUUUGCUGCUGAGGUAAUGGGCGCAGAUUUUACCAACAUGUCCGAUGAGCAACUUGACGAUAUCAAGCAGGCGAUGGCCAAAUACAACGUGCUUGUCUUUCGCAAAGCCGGUUUGAGCGACGAAGAGCAUGUUGAAUUCUCUCGAAAGCUCGGAGAGUUGCAUGAUCUCAAACUCCAUGUGAAAAAACACCGUUUCAAGCAUUUUGAGCUCUUCGACGUAGGCAACAUCGACGACGAUGGCAAGCCGUUUGCCGUCGACUCGCCUCGUACACUCUUUGGCAAAGACAGCCUGGCUGCUUGGGAUGAUCUAGACGAAGAUCUCAAGCAAGACUUGCUCGAGAGGGACUUAGUUGGCGCGCAUUCAUUCUUACAGCUUCGCAAGAAGGGAGCUCCCGAGUACUUCGCCGAUGUCGAUCCCUACAGCCAGCCCAUGGCGCGCCACCGACUCGUCUCAACACACGAAGCUUCCGGUCGCAAGACAUUGUACGUUGGCAACUACCUCCAUCACGUCGAGACUGCAGACGGUACACCGUUACCAGAAGAAGAGAAUGCGGCUCUCAUGAAGAAGUUGAUUGGUCAUGUAACACGACCUGAAAAUGUGCUGAGGUUGGAGUGGUACGACAAUGGAGAUAUGAUUGCAUGGGACAAUGUAUCGACAGUGCAUCGUGCUACAGGAGGUAGCUAUGAGGGCAAGUUUACGGGCGACAUGCGUAGGACGACCGUCAAAGAUGACAGUCCGGAGAGUUGGGGGCUCAACUCGACCGAAGAGGUAUCUGAGUCCGACAACGUUAACUUGAAGAGCCUAAACUUCUUCAAGAAGUAG